CAUGCUUCCAACCUGAUUGAUCGCCUACAAAGCACCAGUUGCCCACCCCCCGGCUCCGUUUCUCUGUUUCUGUUAUUGUUGGUUCCCCUGGCUUGUGUUCUCAGUCAUGUCAAUCAUGGUGACCUGACCUUUCCCACAGUCGUCGCCUUCGGCCGUAUCCCACCACUCGAAUAUCCAGCCUUGCGUCAUGGCUCCUCCAAAGCUCAACGGGCAGCUCCCGUACCAAAGCUGCAGACGAUUGUUUCAGCAACAAGCUCUGUCGAGACGAACCUUUACGACAUCUUCCCCAUCCUUCUCGGACGUGCCCAAGCAGACGUCGAGAUUCGCGAAAAAGACAGAAACCCAGGUCCCUCCCGUCAACCAAACCCAGCCGAAGCCGAAUGUUGUGGUAAACCCACCAGCCGCACCGACGACCGUGCCGAAACCGUCUGCUGUGCGCCGCCCUGGCGUUGGGACACCUACAAUGAAGCCAAAGCAGCCGGUGGACAUCAACAGCAAGGAGUACAAGCGUGUGGCGAGAAAGGUCACGAGCCUCAUGGUUGCGCUGCCCUUCUUGAUUGUCACAUCGUACUACCUCUGGGACCGACUCUCUCUUGGCAGGCCAGUCCCUCCUCCGUCCGAUGAUGCCUCCUCCGCUCCGUCCUCUGAACCCAAGAAAGCGUAG